GCCAACUACCAAAAAUCAUCAACAAAUCAAGAUGACGAAACAGUGAAAAACUUCUCUGUGACUCAUGGAGCUCAAAAGGCUUGGCUUCUCUCUGCAACCAAUUCCUAGAAGUAGGGUAUCGGAAACUGGUUUUUCAUUACUAUGGAAAUGUCAUCCGAAUAUCACAUACGGGCGAGGGCGACGACGAUGUCAACAACGGAGUCUGGCCCUCGGAGUUCGCUUAUCCUUUAUGGGACCCUCGGCUACUGCGAGUGCUCCUAAAGCGCUGGAGCAGCCAGGAGGGAGGAUGGUGACGGAACUGGUCCGAGCAUUCAACGAGCUGACAGAGAGGAUUAACGUGAUCUCGACCAGCUCCUCACGUUUACUCUUCAAUUCUCUCAAGCUCUCCAUCCCUGUGUUGCAGGCAUUGCCUUUUGCUCCCGAUGGACGCUCUCCGCUAUCUAAAGCCCUCUCAGUCGCGCUCAUACUUGCCGAUCUUCAGAUGGACGCAGAAGUUAUUUCAGCUGCCAUACUGAGAGAAGUUCUGGAGGCAAGUGCUAUAUCCAUACGUGAAGUUGGGCAUCAUGUUGGCACUGGUACUGCUCAUCUUUUGCAUGAAAGCUUGCGCUUAAGGGAAAUACCUUCAAAAGUGGAAAUUUUGGAUGAUGAUAGUGCUGCAACAUUGAGGAAGUACUGCCUAACUUACUAUGGCAUUAGGGCUUUGAUUCUAGACCUUGUUCUGAAGCUUGAUGCAAUGAGACAUUUGGAUUACCUCCCAAGAUAUGAACAACAAAGGUUGUCUCUGGAAGUUAUGAAGAUAUAUGCACCCUUAGCUCAUGUUGUUGGUACUGACACCGUAUCACUUGAGCUGGAGGACCUGUCCUUCAGAUACUUGUUUCCUUACUCAUACCUUUAUGUGGAUGCAUGGUUGAGAAGCCAUGAAACAGGAAGUAUACCACUCAUAGAUAUGUACAAGGAGCAGCUGCUCCAAUGUCUAGAAAGCGAUCCUGCAUUAGGGGAAAUGGUGGAUAAGAUUGCAAUCCAAGGUCGGUAUAAAAGCCGUUACAGCACCAUGAAGAAACUUUUGAAGGAUGGUCGCAAGCCAGAAGAAGUAAAUGAUGUUUUAGGGUUGCGAGUUUUAUUGAACCCUAGACCUGGAGAUAACAUGUCAGAGAUGGGUGAGAAAGCAUGUUACAGGGCAAGGGAAAUGAUCCAAUCGCUCUGGAGAGAAAUACCACAAAGGUCAAAAGACUAUAUCGCCAGACCCAAAGCAAAUGGAUAUAAGAGUUUACAUAUGGCAGUUGAUCUUAGUGAGAAUGGCAGGACUAGGCCUCUAAUGGAAAUACAGAUACGCAGCACAGAGAUGGACAUGUUUGCGGCUGGUGGAACUGCAUCCCAUUCAUUGUACAAAGGUGGCCUCACAGAUCCAGAGGAGGCAAAACGGCUCAAGGCCAUUAUGAUGGCUGCAGCUGAGCUUGCAGCAGUGCGUCUUAAAGAUCUCCCUUCCACAAGUCAUAGAGGUCUUGAGAUUGAUCGGAGGAAUCGAAUUUUUCGCCUUCUUGAUAAGAAUGGGGAUGGUAGGAUCAGCAUUGAAGAACUUACAGAAGUGAUGGAAGAGCUAGGAGCCAAGGGAGAGGAUGCCCGGGAGAUGAUGCAGCUUCUUGAUGCAAACAGUGAUGGAUCCCUGAGCUCUGAUGAAUUUGAUUUGUUUCAAAAGCAGGUUGAAGUUAUGCGUGAUUUGGAGGACACAGAUUAUAAGUACAAAAGCCUUUUGGAUGACAAGCUUCAAAUGACUGACAGGUGUAGCUUAAUACAGGUCAAUAACGAAGAGCUUGGCAACAGGCUGUUAGUAAGAUAGGUUAUGUAUGUGUAUAAAGCUUUGUCCCCAGUUGUCAUCAACACUUUGUAUUAACCUUGUAACAACAGGGUGACAAGGGGACUAUUCAGUUUCUAAUCAAAUUUCCUGUUUGUUGGUUAUGUGUGAACUGCAAUAAUCUUUAUAGUUCCAGAAGACAGGCCAGUUAUUCAAAUUGUAUGUUUUAUGCAUUAAUACCAUGUUGUAGGAUGGAACUAUGAGAAUUGUUUUUCCUAUCAGAUUAUAUCAAAUAUAUGGUUAUCUGAGAA